AUGUCACGGUCUUCCCUCUUUACAGCAGUGACCCUCACUCACGAGGCUCAUCUUGAUACUACGCGCUUGUCGCAGGUCGCUUCGUCGGCGGCGGCGGCGGCCGCAACUGGCGGCGCCGCCGGGGCCCCGCCGCCGACAUCGACUUCGGGGGGUGCGGUGGUGGACAUCGACGACGUCCUGCGGCAGUCGCAGGUCCUGCUGAAGCGCGACGAUGAGGAGGGAUCGGGCGGCAGCAAGCGCGUGCUAAUUCUCAUGUCGGACACGGGAGGGGGGCACCGUGCCUCGGCUCAGGCUCUGAAGGCGGCGUUCGACGAGCUGUACCCGGGCGCGAUCGACGUGGAUAUCGUCGACCUCUGGACGACGCACGCCCCCUGGCCUUUCAACAAGUUCGUGGAGGCUUACCAGUACAUGGCCAAGCGACCCCCCAUCUGGAAGGCGUUUUGGGAGUACGGUCGCUUUCCCCUGACUCGCAGGAUAACCAACGAGAUUACCAACAUCCAGUGCCACGGGCACUUCCGGUCCGUGCUGGAGGAGUACGAGCCGGACCUCGUGGUGUCGGUGCACCCGCUGUGCCAGGAGGUGCCGAUCCGCGUAAUGAAGAAGAUGGGCGGCGGUGUGAGGGAGAUACCUUUCGUGACCGUCGUCACCGACCUCGGCGGGGCCCACCCGACGUGGUUCCACCGCGACGUGGACGCGUGCUUUGUCCCCAGCGACCGCCUGGCCGUCCUCGCCCGCAACUGCGGGCUCUCCCCGGACAAGAUCCGCCUCCACGGGCUGCCCAUCAGGCCGGGCUUCUGGGGCCAGCAGUCCGCGAAGGCCGACCUGCAGGAGAAGCUGGGGCUCAAGCCGGGCGUCAAGACGUGCCUCGUGGUCGGGGGCGGGGACGGCGUGGGCGGCCUGCAGGGCAUCGCGGACUCGGUCGGGCACAAGCUGGGGGAGGACAAGGCCGAGACGCAGGUGGUGGUGGUUUGCGGCACGAACAACGAGGUGAAGACUUCGCUGGAGAAGGGAAGCUGGGCCUCGAACGUCCACAUGCACGUCAAGGGCUUCGUGUCCAACAUGGACGAGUGGAUGGGGGCCGUCGACUGCAUCGUGACGAAGGCCGGUCCAGGCACAAUUGCGGAGGCGAUGAUCCGCGGCCUUCCCAUCAUGCUCAGCGCCUUCUUGCCGGGACAGGAGGCCGGCAACGUUCCUUUCGUAACGGAGGGAGGCUUCGGGUCGUUCAGCAAAGACCCGGCCAAGAUUGCCGACACGGUCAGCCGCUGGCUCAGAGACGACGCCCUGCUGGCGGAAAUGAGCAGCAAGGCCAGGGAGGCUAGCCGACCACAGGCUACGUACAAGAUAUGCUCCGACAUCGGCGAGAUGCUCUUCGGUUCUAAGGGCGACAUCGAUGCAGGAAGGAGAGGAAUCAGCACCGUCCCCGCUGGCGCCGGCCUCUCCGUCGCAUGAUGAGCUGCAAUACAUAUGCGACGGGAUAUGAGGUGUGGAAUUUGUGGCCGCGUCAUGUUUGUGGUGGUUAUUUGUCGGUGGUAGGGCGGCGGCAGUGGGGGAGUCGUCUUCGCAGACCCGACGAUAGUCUGUGGAGUUGUCGUCGUUUCCUGUUCACUCGGUUUGAAUGAAAUUUGGGGGUUUGGCCAGAAGCCUCUCUGCUGCGGCGCGUGUAACAAUAGUAGCUACCGUUCGAGAGACAGAAAGAACAGAAACCCGUCGGCCUUACGUAGACAGUUUCUUGAUUCGCUGGUCCUUACGUGCGAUUCCGGCAUCCCGUGGUGUGUUGUCGAUACCGACGUUACAAGGGCCUCUUUACCAGGACCAUGUUUUACGAACUUGCGUCAGCUCGUGCGUUGUGUUGGUUGAGAACCGGGCUUUGUUUUUGUUGGACCUAUUUUAGCUGCUUUGACUCUGCUCCCGUUUCGUUUCUUAGUGGUUUUCGGUUUCGGUGUGCAUAAAAAAAAUAGAGCAUGUACGAUAUUUCAUAUUCCUCGUUUGCGUUACUUCUAUUGAAUGCAUACAUGAUGUUCCUGUGUUCGGUUGAGAGCGUGGUGUUGUUUUCUGCAUUAACACCACCAUUGGUGGUCCUUUAAGUUUAGCUUCAGACCACUACUUCGAAGUAUUAAAUACUACUGACGGCUGCUGCUGUGGCGUGUGAUUCCUCACUGCUUCAGUAAAAUGGCAACAAGGAAGGCUUUUGCUUUUGUUUUUUCUCGGAUCCUGCACAAUAAACUGAAGUGUGGAGAAUGUGGAGGUUUGAGAGGAGGCAUUCGCCGAGCUACAUCCACCAGAUUUCGCCCAACCUAUUUCAAGUUUCCCCAUUACUACGGAGGCUCCCCCGGCUGUGGUACAACCUACAAUUCCUCGUAAAUUGGUUGUGGCUGUGUGUCACAUCACUCCAAUGGUUUAGUUGCUUUGCUUUCAAUCCCUGUGAUUCAUUUCCUUUCUGCCAAGACAAUUGGCAGCAUUCGCUUGGCAUCGCUGCGCGCCUCAGUGGCGAAUUGUUUGGCGUAGCGUGGCGGACGGGGAGUACAGUGCACACACGUUCGCAAUCAAAUGAUGGAUUCGAUUCGCACUGUUGCGUGCUUGCGAAAACAAAACCCUUCUUCAUUCAGUGAGAUUCCUGUUCGUUAUUCAGUGAGAUUCCUCACGGGGUUAUUGACAACCACCACCGCCGAUUUGUGAGGUAAGAAAAGUGGAUUAGUCAGCAGUGGGA